GUUCUUUCAAGUUUACGAAGUUCCCUGAAAUGAUUGUUAACCCAGACCGAACCUUGGCUUUUUCCGUGCGGCGUGAAUACGGCAUACUAUUUACCAGAUAUCGCAUGGGGGACGUUCAACGGUGGCCUUAACUUUUCGUACAUCCAGCACCGAGGAGGAUCCCCGCCAAGCCUUGACCAUCGUACAUCCCAAUCUACCAACGACGCCCACACGCAGCGCUGUAACCACAGAACAUAUCCCCUCCUCGCUCUCGAGCAGCCUUUGCUGCAAGGCCUCUCACGUCUCUUCGCCGCCGAAAUCGCCACAGUUUUCCCCUUCCGCACUACAGCGCAACGCCCUGGAGCUCCGUCGCCUCACAGGAGGUUGAGGGUGGUCGGGGUUGCUCAAGGGAUAUUUGACCUCUGACAGUCCUUCGUUCGCAAGCUCUGCAUGCUGCCCUUGCAUGCUUCAUCGCCCAAGGGGAAAAUGCAUCGCCAUGCCUAUUCCAGCGGGCAUGCGGCAUAUCCGUCCAUGAGCGGCACUUUCUCCAUCCAACCUCACACAUUCCAGCCGCGGUCACCGCCCUCCCUACGAUUCCGCCGACAAUUAAUACAGCGACUCCUCCUAGCCGGCUCCCUCUUCUUCCUCUGUUUCUUCUACUUUGUCCCUGAUCUGCGCCCCAAUCUUGGAUUCAGCCCCUUGAGCCUUUUCACCUCCAACGAAGAUACCCAGCUCGAGACUGUGAGAUACUAUGACUUGAACAAUGUGCAAGGAACCGCAAGGGGUUGGGAGAGGGAAGAGAGGAUACUCCUAUGCGCUCCUUUGCGAGACGCCGCACCACAUCUGGACAUGUUCUUCAGCCACCUGAAGAACCUGACAUACCCUCACAACCUGAUUGACUUGGCAUUCCUGGUGGGAGAUUCCAAGGACAACACGCUCACGAAAUUGUCGGACAAGCUUGCUGAGCUGCAAGCGGAUCCCGACCCGCGGCAGCACUUUGGAGAAAUCUCGAUCAUGGAGAAGGAUUUCGGGCAGAAGGUCAACCAGGACGUCGAGAGUAGGCACGGUUUUGCUGCCCAAGCAGGCCGUCGCAAGUCUAUGGCUCAGGCUCGUAAUUGGCUCUUGAGCGCGGCACUGCGACCUACGCACAGCUGGGUGUAUUGGAGAGAUGUCGACGUGGAAACUGCGCCUACCACUAUUUUGGAAGACCUGAUGAGGCAUAACAAAGACGUUAUUGUUCCAAACGUUUGGCGGCCUCUUCCCGACUGGCUUGGAGGCGAACAACCGUACGAUCUGAACUCGUGGCAGGAGUCGGACACAGCUCUUGCAUUGGCGGAUACCCUUGAUGAGGACGCAGUCAUCGUGGAAGGAUACGCAGAGUACGCCACUUGGCGCCCGCAUCUCGCAUACCUUCGAGACCCUUAUGGCGACCCAGACAUGGAAAUGGAAAUUGACGGUGUUGGAGGUGUCAGUAUCCUGGCCAAAGCUAGGGUGUUCCGUUCUGGAGUCCAUUUUCCCGCCUUCAGCUUCGAGAAACACGCGGAGACGGAAGGUUUUGGAAAGAUGGCCAAACGUAUGAAAUUCUCCGUUGUUGGUCUUCCUCAUUACACCAUCUGGCAUCUGUACGAACCUAGUGUUGAUGAUAUUCGCCACAUGGAAGAGAUGGAGAAAGAGCGCAAAGCCAAAGAAAAGGAGGAGCAAGCGAAGAAGGAACGUGAGGAGAAGCUCAAGGACACAUUCGACUCAAAGUCAGGUGACUGGGAGAAAGAAAAGGCGGCUGUGCAGGACAUGGUUCGCAAGGCGAAGGAGGAAAGCAAAGAGAAAGAGAAGCCUGCUGCUGAAUUGACCAAAAAUGAGGCACAGGCCGCAGUGCAACCAAACAAGGACCAGAAAAUCCAAGAGGCUCGUGGCGAGGACGAGAAACCGAAGCCGCAGCCGGCGCAGUGAGUGUCACCACGCUCAGAAGGACACUGCGGAUGACGGGUCGAACAGACCGAAGAACUGAUAGGCAUGGGUUGGACUAAGGGCUAAGUAACAACGACCAUGAUGAACGCGUUUCCAGAGCUGUAUCAACCUUCCCUGCAUACAACUGCUCGCGUGAGAGUAUUUGGCUUCGUAUUGAGCUAAACGCAUGCUCUAUAUACGGAGAAUCAUCAGACGGGGACUUCUCCGCCGAUCUCUUGGGCUACUGGGUUACGAGAAUUACCAAGAUCCGUUCCCACACUUAACUGUUGGCGUUGAAGGCUUGGGUGCUUGUACAUAGAUUUCUUGCAUCGAAACAUUGGGCGUGAUCCACAAAGAGGAUUUGCUCUUGUACCAAUAUUACUCUUUCACUUUGUUGUUUCAUCGUCUUGGAGAAACAUGUUCAUCUCGGAAAUAUAUUAUGCUAUUAU